AUGAUUACAGUGGCGGAGAGAAAGGUUCUCUCAAUUCCGGAACGCGUUGGUCUGGUGACAGUAGUGAGCGUGCUUAUAACGGAGGAUGGCGAUCGGACGACGACAAGCCGCCGCGGACGCUUUUGGACGUGCCGGAUCGCGUUCGGAGGGGAUCAGGGUCAUACGUCAGCCGGCCGUACAGAUCGUAUGAUGCGUACGAAGGGCGAUCGUACGGCGGAGGGCGAUCGUACGGCCGAGAGCGGUACGAUUCCGGCGGGAGUGACGGGGAGCGCCCACCUGCGGGGAGGGCUCUUGGGCGGGGGCGUGGGCGGGAGGGGGGAUGGGCAGGGGGAAGAGGCGGCCGCGGGGAAGCAUGGGGCGGGGGGCGGCGGGGGAAUUUUGAGGAAGGUAGGCCCGCGGGGAGGGUUCCCGCUGGGGGCAGGGGGCGGGGGGGAGCCUGGGGUGGGGAACGAGACGGAGAAGAAUGGGAGGGUGACCCCGAAUGGGAGGAGCGGCUAUGGAGAAGCAUGGAAGGAGGAGGAGGAGGAGGAGGAGGAGAAGGAGGAGGAGGAGGAGGAGGAGGAGGAGGAGGAGGAGGAGGAGGAGGAGGAGGAGGAGGAGGAGGAGGAGGAGGAGGAGGAGGAGGAGGAGGAGGAGGAGGAGGAGGAGGAGGAGGAGGAGGAGGAGGAGGAGGAGGAGGAGGAGGAGGAGGAGGAGGAGGAGGAGGAGGAAGAGGAAGAGGAGGCAGAGAAAAAAGAGACGACGUACAGUUUGAGGGACGAUUCAGGGAAGUUUGCAGAGCGUUUUGUAGUAGAGGGCUUUCCAGCAGAGGGUUCUACAGCAGGGGGCCUUACAGCUGCUGACAGCCCAAUUGUGGAAACAAAUGCGAGGAGCUUGCGUGGCGAGCUGCGGCGGGGUUUAAGGGAGGGUGUAAGGGAGGGUUUAAGGGGGAGUUUGAGGGGGGCUGAUGGGGAGGUCGGCGGGGAGGAGUGGCGGAGGCGGAAGGUGGGGUGGCUUGCGCGGGAGGUGGCAGCGGUGGUGCCGAGUGGGAUGGUGCGCCUGCUGAACGCACAGAAGCAGUGGAUGCGCAUGGGCGACCUGAUCGCUGUAGUGGAGAGCCUUAUAACGAGGAAGGAGGUGGUGCGCGGGAUACGGGGUGUUUCCCCAUCUCGCCCCGCUUUUGAAGGGGGGUUCAAUGCGGUGCUGAGGAUGCAUGUAAGGCUCGGCAUGGGUGCUGGUGGUAGUGCGCUGGAUAUCCCAGCAGCAGCAGAAGCACCACCACCAUCAACACUAUCACCACCAUUACCACCACUACCACCACCAUCGCCAUCACCAUCGCCAUCACCAUCACCAUCACCAUCACCAUCACCAUCACCAUCACCAUCACCAUCACCAUCACCAUCACCAUCACCAGCAGCAGCAGCAGCAGCAGCAAGGGAUGCAGCAGUGCGUAUGCACCUGCUGGCACGUGACUGGGAUGGCGCGUGGGAGAUGUAUGGGGGUAUGAGAAGGGCGGUAGAGGAGGGUGUGAAGAGAGGGGGAGAGGGAGGUGUGGGAACGGCAGGAGGGGGUGGGGUGAGGGGAGAGAGGAGGACGAGGGGAGGGGGAAAGGGAGGGAGGGAGGGGGAAGAGAGGAUGACGGGGGUGAGGGCAGGGGGGAGAGGCGAGUGGGAGGGGAGUGAGGAGGAGAGUGAGGAGGAGUGGGAGAGGCAUGGUUGGAUGAGGAGGGGAGGGAGGGGGGCGACUGAGGACUGGGGAGCAGAGGAGGAUAGUGAAGAGGAGGACGAGGAUGAAUACGACGACGAAGAGGAUAUGGAGGAGGAGGAGACAGAGAGAAGGGAGGAGGAAGCUGCAGACCCACAGGUGGACGCGAGAGCAGCGCUGCUGCCUGUGCUGAGUCCCCCCAACCAGCACACGUAUGACCUGCUGCUGCUGGCUCUGGCAGAGGCUGGCGAUGUGGGGGCCGUGGAGCGAGUAUAUGAGGAUAUGUUGAGAGAGGGGGUGCGCGGUGGGGUGCGGUGGGGAGGAGUGGAGGGAGACGAGGGCGAGGAGGGAGAGGAGCAGGAGGAGGGGGAUGAGGGAGAGGACGAAGGGGCGGAGGGGAGUGAGGGGGAGAGGGGUGGAGGAGGAGGGGUGGGGAAGGCUAGGCGGUUUAGCCUGCAGGGGAGAGUGAAGGAGGUGGUGGAGAGGCUGUUAGGGGUGGAGAGAGUGAGAAGGGAUGAGGCUUGGGCUGCUGCUGUAGCAGCCCGAGGGGGAUCAGCAGCAGCAGCGAUGGCCUUCCUUGGAGCAGCAGCAGCAGCAGGAGUGGGAGGAGGAGGAGCAGGCAUGGGUGGGAGUGGGAGAGGCUGGGGGACGGUAGUACUGGGGGAGGCGGAUGUGACAAUGGGUCUCAGGCUUACAAGGGAGCAGCGGCAGGUGCUGGUGGGGGCUCUGUUAGCCGGCGCAGAGGUGGAGAGUGCAGAUGGGGGCGUGACUUACUCUGUAAGAUUCUCCCAGCCUAUUGGGGCGGGCGGCGCGGCCGGCGAGGAUUGGCGUAUGCGGGUGCUGGACUGGCUGUAUGAGGUGUUCCUUCCCUGGGUGGCUGCGCCGCCCGUGGAUGUGACUGUAAGAUGGGGAGAAGUUGGGGAAGGGGAGGGGGGUGGUGUGGGGAAGGAAAGGGGGAAUGUGGGAAAGGAGGUGGAGGAUGGGGGCGGCACCAUUCGGGUGCGCACAUUCGUUACCAUUGCGCACCCCUCUCUACAGUUUUACGCCCGGCAGUUUCGUCCUGUAGUGAGGGACGCGGCCGGGAAACGGGGCGGCGGGGAGCCGGUGGUUCCUCGUCUUAUUCAUCGGUGGCUGUCACCCCGAGGCAUGGCCACGUGGCUCAUGUGUAACGGCGCCGAAGGAAUGGCUAGUGGAGGUGACGUUAGCGAUGGCAGCAGUUCGAUCAAUCACAGCCGUCCGAAGGACGGCUACGCUGCCGGUCCCCCUUGGAUUUUUAAGGGCAGGGCGUUGUACCAACUGAACCUGGUCAAAGCUGACGUGGCACGCCGCGUCGUUCCUCCGGAGCUCAAGCUCGUCGAAGCCUUCGGGUACACCCUGGGAGGGGUCUACUAUGCGCAGUAUGACUCGAGUCCGGCAGGGAAGUUUGAUGAGCUCGUCAUCAUUCCAGGGAUUGUGUGGGACCCGCCUGCCUCAUGCGCGUGGGCGACAGCAGUGAUGGUGGACAGUGCCACAGCCAGAGACCACGGUAUCAAGGAAGUUGGGCUGCCAAGCCGAUUCGUCUCAUUCAACAAGAAGCUGCUGCCAUCGCCUCAGUCCGUCGCACAUACCGCUCCUCUCAACUCCAUUCCCUCCUCUCCCUCCACCCCUCCACUAAACGAUCCAAGUGCCUCAGCCCCCUCCUCCUGCUCCUCAUCCUCCCCUUCACAUGCACCUGCCGAGGCUCCUCUGCAACUGCUCUCCAGAUUCGUCAACCCCUGGGGAAAGGGGCGGACACAGAGGCUGGGAGGAAGCAAAGAGGGGGAGUUCCUGCAGGUGUCUGUGUGUGAUGGGGGGAGGGGAGGAAGGGGAGGAGGGAGAGGAGGGAGGGAGAAGGAGGGAAAGGGGGAGGAAGGGGGGAGUGUGAGAGACGGAGAACCUAUGUUUGAACUUCGUAUGAAGCUGCCAUUUCCAAAAAAGCUCGUAUCCUUGUCCCGCCUGCCCUCCAUCAAAAUGUCACUGCCUAGCUUCAGUGGCCGCACAGAGGCUCAGCCUGAUCUGCUGAAAUACUCAUGCGACCUCUCUUGCCGUGUGUCCCUCAUGCCGCCUGCCACCACCCGCAUCAGCCCAGCCUACCGACAGACCUCUCCCACAGGUGCUGCUGGCGCUUCAAAUAACUCUGUCACUUCCUCCAAGGAGCAGACUGCUGGCAGAAAGAGUCAGGAUGUGGUGGUUGAGGUGCUCUCUGGUCGGCCGCUGAUUGCCAUGUGUUUUGAAGGGAUGGAGAUGAGAGUGGAGGCGCCGACUCGGGUGGUGUUGCCUGCGACGACGGUUCCAAGGGGAGUCAAGGCUCGUGAUGUCGUUGUUGCCACGAGCAGCUUGCAGUUCGAGGUCAAGGAUAGUGUUGAAUCUCCUGCCGUGGCUAAAUUCAAGUCUGCUUGA